CCCGGCAGCGCCACAUUUGUUCGUCACUUACGCGCCGUCGACCUUGCAGGCUAUGAUAAAGUCUCACAAAACUUCCAAGGAAUACAAAGGAAAAUUUCUGAUUUUGAUUUUGUCAUAGAACUGAAGAUGAUAGCGAUCAUCUUUUCCAGCCCUUGACGGGCUUCUAGUGCCAUCUAUACGCUUUAAAAUGGGAGCAUGGUAUAUUAUUCUCAUCAACCACCUACUUCGUUACUUUUGCUCCCCCAUGGCGAUUCGGGUUGAUAUUUCAUCAGACCUUACCAAUGACGACAAAACUUACAUGUUUCAAUUUCUCGACGCUAAUCUGAAUUCCGGAAUCCUCUACGCGCUAUUGCAUGGCAUCUACACUGGCAUCCUUGCUGUUACAUUGUGGAAUAUAUUCAUUAACAAGUCCUGGCCAAUUCGACGAGCUAUGGUCGCCGUUAUCAUCCUCCUCUAUACUCUGAUUACUAUCAGUUUUGGUGCCAGAUGGUCACUUACACACUUCGCAUUCAUCGAUGAUGGACAAAGUUUUUGGACCGUAUAUCUGAAUCUUGUCGGUACGACCCAAGCAUUCUACUGGGAAACGAGUAUCACUGCCUCCAUUAGUACCAUUCUCACAGACUUAUAUAUGAUUUGGUGCUGCUGGAUGGUUUGGGGACGACGCUGGCUUGUUAUUCUCCUUCCAAUGUUUUCCCUGGCUUCCGCAAUCGCAUCAAAAAUCAUAACAGUGUAUCACGACUACUUUGAUGAACCUGCGGGCGUAUUUCUUAUACUCUAUAUAUCAUCCAUUCUGGCGACGACAUUAACAUGCACCUUGCUUAUCAUUUACCGCAUUAUAACUAUCACCGGGGUUUGCCGUGGAGCUGAGGGUCGACUCAAAGUUUACCACCAUUUCGUUGAAGUACUAGUGGAAUCUUCGGCUCUCUAUUCAAUAACUCUGAUCCUAUUUUUGGCGUUCAUCAUUCGCAACCACCAGGGACAACAUUACCUUGAUGUUGCAGCCAGCAUCGCAAAGGGAAUUUCUCCGACGCUUCUCGUAGGACGUAUCACUGCAGGUCGCCGGGCCCGCCCAGACGAUUCCUGGCAGGAAAGCGUGAUGGCGUCAGCUUCAAUUAUGCCGUCUUCCCAAGAGCACAGUAGGACGAGCUCCCAGGAGGUUGGACCGACAAGUUCAGUCCUUGAUAAUGACCUCGAAGCUCAACGUGGGAGCAGUGUAAGGGUAGACUGAUCUUCCUCUAUCAUCUCCCUAUAUUACACUAAAGAAUACCUUUUCGUUUUAGGGACCCUCUCCUACAUCCUUUUCUGGACCUAAUCUAGCUGAGCAUGUACGUUCCAUCACAGGGCAACGCGAUGACCUUGCCUAAGUUCGGGAAUUCCCUGCUAUGACUUUGGCGACAUCAAUAUCAGGGCUUUAGUGGCGGCUAAUCUAGGUCUUGGGUUGUUGCGUAGCUGGACCUUGUUAGCUUUACAAACACCCCGCGACGUUUGUAAAACGGUCGCUCUUCUCUCACUUCCUAUCUCAAUACUUUUACACUUGUUCUAUUGAUCGUCCGGAUUGGCAUCAACUACAGUAUCGACUCCUAUAGUUUUAGAUAUUAUUAAUCCUAUUCCAUCUGUAAGUAAUACACUUGCAAUAUACCCUCAAGACCUCUAUCAUCCCA